CGUCAAACAACCAAAUAGUGUGAAAAUGGCAGAUGCUAAUCAAGAACAAGAACUAAACCACCACAUCGAGAAUGAUGAUGGUAUUGAUCCAAAUCCAUCAGAUUGCUAUGUCUUCGUAGUCAUUGGUGCCACAGGAAACUUUGCUGUAAACUGUCUCCUUCCAAGUCUUUGGCUCUUGUAUAAGCACGGCUAUCUUCCACCGAACACAACAGUUAUAGGAUUUUCCAGAAAAGAGUUCACUAAUAAAGCAUACGCCGAGAAAGUUUGUCCAUAUUUCCGCCACACUCAAGCAGAGAAGGGGUUGAUACAGUGCUUUUUUAGUCACGUCAUUUAUUUCAGAGGGAGUUGCGACAAUAGGAGUGAUGUUCAAGAACUCAACAGCAAACUCGAAGAAAUAGGAAGGGAUAGAAUAAUGCACAUAUUUUAUCACUUAUCACUUCCGCCUAAUAUUUAUGAAAUUUGUACGCAGUUAAUUAAACAGGAAGCUAUGUCCAAAAGUGGCAAAACAAGAAUUGCUAUUGAACAGCCGUUCGCCCAAGAUUUGAUGUCAUUUCGUAGCUUACGAGCACAUAUGAUAUCGAAUUUCGAUCAAGAUCAAAUAUUCUUACAAGACCAUUACCUUGGCAAAGAGAUGAUACUCAGUAUUUUUUCCUUGCGGUUUGGUAAUACGUUGUUCGAGAAAGUUUGGGACAGGAAUAGUAUAGCUUCUGUUCUGUUAAACAUCGAAGAAAAAUCUGAUCUGUCCAAAGGAAAUACAUUCGACAAAUUUGGUAUCAUCAAGUCCGAAAUUAUGACUCAUAUGAUGCAAAUGAUUGCUUUAAUCGCUAUGGCCAAGCCUAGUAAAUUCAACACAGAGUUCAUCAGAAAAGCUAAACUCAAGCUCUUGUCACAAGUUACGGAAAUUAAACUUGAUAAUGUUGUCCUUGGGCAGUAUGUUGGCAAUCCUGAGGGAACAGAUGAGGAAAGAGAAUCCUACAGAGAACACCUGAAUAUAGAUGAAGACACGCUGACCCCAACAUUUGCUGUCGUGGUUGUCUUUAUAAGAAAUGAUACUUGGAAAGACGUUCCUUUCAUUUGUAAAUGUGGAAGAGCAAUGAAAGAUAGCAAGCAAGAGAUACGAAUUCAGUUCAAGGAGACGAAAGACAGUUUAUUCUCUACAAAUUUGAUGAGGAAUGAACUGGUCAUUCACUUCGAUCCUGGUGCUUCGAUUCAUCUAAAAAUGGUCAUGAAAGCACCAGGAAUGGAGCAUAAACUCGAUAACGUUCUCUUCACUUUGUCCUACUCAGGAAAACAUAUGAGUGUCAAACUUCCAAAUUCAUUUGCUAGGCUACUUUUCGAAAUGCUCUGUGAAAAAAGGAUGAAUUUCGUAACAUUCGAAGAAAUAAAUGAAGUAUUCAGGGUGUUCACGCCUGUUUUGAAGGAAAUAGAGGAUAAUCAUUUGGAGCCCUUGCCUUACAUAAGAGGUGGUAAUGGUCCACUCGAAGCUGCAGAACUGAUCAACGAAAAUAAUUACCUUGACAGGGAUCAUAGAAUGUCAAAAACGCACAAAAAACACCAAUCAAACACCCAAUAAAUUAAGGUUCUUCAUUUAUUCAUAAUAAA